AUGGGCGCCUCGUCGUCAAAAGCUGCAGUUCGCGGAGCCGCUCGCAAAUAUCCCACCAGAGCUCCCGGAGCUGUGCCUCAAGCUACCACAACGAGGGCCAGACCUCAGCAGCCUGCGUCUCGUGGCGAUGGAUCCAAAGAUGAUGCUGUUCGCGCCGACGCCAUGGAUCCCGAUUUCGCCCCCGCUGACUUCUCUCGACGCCUCCAUCAGAUGGGCAUUGUACAACCAAAUCCCACACUUUCCCACUCUUCCACAGCGUCUCCCAAUCUCUCGCCCGAGUCAUUGGACGUGCCUCCCGGUCCGCUCUUCCCGCCGGCCAGGCGAAACACCACGUUGUCUGUGCUCGAAGCACGGCGCCGCCUGGAGCAAAUAGCUUCCGAGGACCUUGAGAUCAUGGGCCGUGACGGAGGCCGGCGCCGCCAGGCUGACAUGAGGACCAUCAUUGACGCAGUUCAACUAUUGAACAAUGGGAUUUCCGUUGUCGAUGUCGAGAAGAGGCUGAGGCUCACCCCUGGAUUAUUGAGCAAGCUUGGACCUGCCGGUGUCCUGACACACAUUCCCGCAAAUUAA